AUGUCAUCUUCUUCAACGUCCAGAAGAUCAGGAGUGCAUUCAAGUAGAGGCAGGCCGACAGGGAGUACAACAGUCGCAUCAGAAGGAGGAUCAUCAAUGCAAGAUGGUAUGGAUGAAGAUACACCACAUACAAAUGGCAUCGAUCACGUUGAUGCGAUUGGUGAUAUAGAUGAAGCCUUGCACGAAUUCGAUCAAAGAUCUUUUCCAUUAAGUCAUUCUGCUGCCGAUGCGGGAAUUAAGGCUAGCAUCGAUACGAACUGGCCUCCUUACGAUUCAAUGUUGAAAGAUAUCAUUAAUACCUUAUCCGAAGUGGCAGAACAAAGAGCUGAUGCGAUCAGUGAACGAAAAGGUGAUGAAUCAGAUGCUAAAUUGGCAAGAUAUGAUGAACUUUGUCGUCAAUUUAUCGCCCUUCAAGAAGAAACAGAAGUGCGAAAGGCCUCCUUACAAGAUCUGCGUGAUCGGCUGACUAGGCGAGAAGAAGUGAAAGAUGCACCUGAACUAUACCAAAAGCAAGUGGAUCAAGCCAUGGCUGAACUUAAUGGCAAAACACAAAGGCAGAGAUACGGUCAAUCAAAGCUUUACGAACGUCAUCGAUCAAAAGUUUGGACAGCAUUGCACGACGAUGACGAUCCAAUGCCUCCUUUGGCAGAUAUCAUUCCGGCACAGGCAGACGAAGUAGAAGAAGAAACGGAUGAUAUCGCAAUGUACGGUGCUUCAAAACAACAAUACAAAUGUCCAUUAACAUUACGCAUAAUGGUAAACCCGAUGAAAAGUAAACUUUGUUCGCAUGCAUACGAACGAGAAGCAAUCACCGAUUAUUUGGGAAAUACCACAAAAGAAUGUCCGGCCGGAUGUCAUACAAAGAUGAAAAAGAAUAAUUUGUAUGAAGAUCCGGAUUUCACAAGAGAAUGCAAAAAUUUCUCUAGACGUCAAGAGCGUCGUUUGCAGCGUGAUCGUACACAAACCCAAGCAGUUUGCUUGGACUGA